CAAAGAGCCGCGCCACACAUCCCUAAUUGCUGGAUAUUAUUUCUCCACCUAUAGCGCCCGCCGCUCGCAGGCUCUUCCCUCCCACCACACCCUCAUAGCAGCCGCCAAUAUAUCUUCAAUCAGGAGGGGGGGAGCGACGAGAGUGGGCUUUGCGGCGAUCACAUGUGCGGGUUGUUCAUGCGGCGGCCUUUCUCCUCUAGUUUGGUUUGGUUUGGUUUGGUUUGGUUUGGUUUGGUUUCACCCCAAUUGCUCUCACAAAACCACCACCGCAAAAGCGCAUUAUAAGGAGAGGGGCCAACCAUUAGCUGUUCCUCCCUUGCUCUUUGGGUGUUUUUCGCCAUGUUUCCCCGUUUCACAAGCACCAGCCGACUGCGCGACGGAGCCGGCGGGGACGCUGGCGUCGCCGAGGCGGUCGGUGGUAACGUUGAUGGUGACGGUACCGGCACCGGCAACCCGACUUGCAAAGGCCCGAUUCAUUCGUUCACUGACGUGGCAGGCCUCAAGCUGUGAUAAUACCCGCCCUUGAUGGCUUAUAGGUGAGGGAUGGGGGUGGACAGAC